UGACGUCUCUCGGCGGCGCCGCGCGGUGACGUCUGUUCCCCGCGCCCGCCGCGCCGCUAUGGAGGAGGAGGAGGAGGCGGCGGCGGCGCCGCAGAAGCGGUUUUACCGGCAGCGGGCUCACGCGAACCCGCUGGCCGACCACACCUUGCGCUACCCCCCUCGCCCGCAGGACAUGGACUGGGCCUCGCUCUUCCCCGCGUUCUUCCCGCCCGCCGCCCCCCCCGGCCGGGCCCCCCCCCGCGUGGAGUUCGCUGACGUGGGCUGCGGCUACGGGGGGCUCUUGGUGGAGCUGUCGCCGCUGUUCCCGCACACGCUGAUGCUGGGGCUGGAGCUGCGGGCCAAGGUGGCCGCCUUCGCCGGGGCGCGGCUGCGGGCGCUGCGGGCGGCUCGGCCCGGCGCCUUCGGCAACGCCGCCUGCCUGCGCGGCAACGCCAUGAAGCACCUGCCCCACUUCUUCCGCAAGGGCCAGCUCACCAAGAUGUUCUUCCUCUUCCCCGACCCCCACUUCAAGCGCACGAAGCACAAAUGGCGGAUCAUCAGCCCGGCGCUGCUGGCCGAGUACGGCUACGUGCUGCGCCCGGGGGGGCUGGUGUACACGGUGACGGACGUGGCGGAGCUGCACGAGUGGAUGGCGAAGCAUUUCGGGGAGCACCCGCUCUUCGAGGAGGUGCCGCUGGCAGAGCUGGCCGCCGACCCCAUCGUGGCCCGCCUGGGCACGGCCACCGAGGAGGGCCGCAAGGCGCAGCGCGGCGGCCGCCCCGUCUUUCCCGCCGUCUUCCGCCGCCGCCCAGACCCCCCCGUGGGGGGGGACACGUGAGGGGACACGAGUGGGGCCGGCCUCGGACCCCCCCACCCCCGGGGGGGGCCCACCGUGCCCCUUCUCCCUCCCAGCCCCCCCGCUUUUGGAAUAAAGCCACCAGCAUGUCCCCA